AUGGCUGAAUGUGGCGUUAACAAAGUUCUGACAGAAACGGAGGAUGCUGUCGCAGGACGCCUUCAACAGUAUUGCAAACCAUGUUAUAAGGAUAAGAAAACAACACCUGCAAGUGUCUACUGUAAGAGCUGCAAGGAGUUCCAAUGUAGGGAAUGUUCCUCUCAUCAUAAGCGUUAUGACUUUAUGUCCGAUCAUGACAUUGUUGCCAAGGACCAAGCAGACUCUGAGGAUUGUGAUUUGAGCAUGUAUGGAUGUGACACAUGCUCAGUUCAUGGUUCAUCUGUCCAAAUCUACUGCGAGGAUCAUGACGUAUUGAUUUGUACGAAAUGUGCUUUUUAUGACCAUAAAAAGUGUGAAAAUGCAAAACAUACUGACGAAUUUCCCUUGGACAAGAAGAUUGAACAAUUCAGAAAAUCAUUAACAGUGUGCUAUGAUAAAGCUGAGGAAUUUAUUAAUGAUGUCAAUGAAAUAGGUGUCAAAGAAAAGGGAGAAGUUAAAGCAAGGCUGAGAGAAUUAAAUCAGAGUUUUGCGAGAAGAUUGAUGAUUCUCUAG